GCGGGAUGGGCAGUCCACAUCUGACAGAACCACAGCAGUGAGAAAGAGAGAGAGAGGCUGACAAACAAGCAGGAGAUCAGAGAGACAGAGGGAGAAAAUACAAAGAAAGGGAGAGAGAGAGGGGAAAACAGAGAAAGAGAGAGAGAGAGAAAGAGAGAGAGAGAGAGAGAGAGAGAAGGAGAGUCAGCAGCCAUCGCAGCGCCGAGGAAAGUCCGAGACAGAAGCGCCGAGGCCGGGGGAGAAGGAGAGAGAGAGAGACAAGAGAGCCAAGCAUGUCGAAGGAGAACAAGGGGAAGGCAGCGGAGGAGAGGAGCGAGGGAGGCCCAGAGACGGAGGACAUCCCCAAGUGCUGCGGCUGUCGUUUCCCGCUGCUGGUCGCCGUGCUGCAGCUGCUGCUGGGGGUCGCCGUCACCGUGGUGGCCUUCCUCAUGGCAGCCAUCAGCCCCUCCCUCCUUGCCAGGGAGACCCCCCACUGGGCUGGAAUCAUCCUGUGUGUGGUGUCAGUACUGGGCUUCCUGCUCUUUGGAGUCACCUACCUACCGGACGAGAAGACCUCCAUGCAGUUCUUGGCCAAGGUGUUCUACUUCCUCCUGUGUACUGUUGGUCUGGUCCUCUCCGUCUUGAUCACGGCCUUUGCUGGACACCACUACAACCAGGCCAGCAGCUUCACCUGCGCCGAGAAGGGAGGGGACUGCCUCUGCACGCUGGAACCCGACGACCCCAUCGCCCGCACGUUCACCUACGCCGGCGUGGCCGACUGCCAGGAGGUCACGGGCACUCUGACGGUGUACUUCCUGCUCCAGAUGGUGCUGAACCUGGCCCAGGCCCUGGUCUGCACCCUGGGGGCCUUUAUCAUGUGGAAGCAUCGCUACCAGGUGUUCUUCGCUGGGCUCCAGCUUGGAGCCAUCCCCUCUGGACAGAACUGGAGGAAGGUCUGAGAGAUGGACAGGAGGGGGGGGGGUGGCAGGGAGAGAGAGGAGUGGAUGGGGGAAAGAGAGGGGUAGAGGCAGAGGCAAGUGGAGGGGUGGUGGUCACAAAAAGAGGCGGGACAGGGAGAGAGAGGGGUGGUUAGGGAUGCAGAGAAGGGAGGUCCAGGGAGAGUGGGCGGGCAGGGGAGAGACGGGGUGAACGGGGAG